AUCUUCACCACGAACUUCCCCACUUUCUCAACCACCACCAGCCUUCCCGCGACUCCCGAGUUCUUAGUGAAAUCAGUUCGCCGCCCUAAUCCCUAUGGCACCCAUCGCCGCCGGUGACUCCUUGCCUGACGGAACCCUCGCUCACUUCGACGAGAACGAUCAGCUCCAGCAGGUGUCCAUCCACUCCCUCGCCAAAGGCAAGAAGGUCGUCAUCGUCGGCGUUCCCGGUGCUUUCACCCCCACUUGCAGCUUGAAGCAUGUUCCUGGGUUCAUCGAGAGAGCAGAGGAUCUCAGAGCCAAAGGCGUCGCUGAGAUCAUCACUAUUAGCGUGAAUGACCCAUUUGUGAUGAAAGCUUGGGCCAAAACCUACCCGGAGAACAAGCACGUGAAGUUCUUGGCCGAUGGGUCAGCAACUUACACCCACGCGCUGGGUCUCGAGCUCGAUCUCAAGGAGAAGGGUCUCGGAAUCAGGUCGAGGAGGUUUGCUCUGUUGGUGGACGACCUCAAGGUGAAGGCUGCCAACAUUGAAGAAGGUGGCGAAUUCACUGUUUCCAGUGUUGAUGAGAUCAUCAAGGCCCUUGAUUGAUAGCUUGAGAGCUUAGUGCAUCGACUCUUGAUUGAUAGCCUGUUUAGUGUUAGUGAUGGAGAUACUCUUGCCAUGGUGGUGUGCUAUGAUGAUGAACCUUAUGUAAUUCCGUCCCCAGUUUCUGUUUAGGGAUGGAGAAGAAUAAAAGGAUUUCGAAGUUUCAGCGGUGUUAUUGCAGUAGUGUCUUGUUUAAUUGUCCCGUUAUAUAUUUUGUUGGCUGGCUCCAGUAGUAUAUUGGAUUCAGCCGGCGGCCGGCGAACCCUGGUGGAAUUGUUCGAUUUCUGUUGUUAAGCAACUCGCGACUAGUGAACUACAAAGUCGGUUUCGUAUAGUUUUCAAACGAAGCCAGUCAACUUUGUUUCGCGGCUGUACUUGUCUGCAUCAUUCAUCUAGAUUCUUUCGCGCGGUUUAAGAUUUGAAGUUUAUCGAUAUGCUAAGGGGA